GUUUUUGAUGUUAGUUUGUCUGUCUUGAAGUGGGAGUGUGGAACUGAAGCCGACUGGGAACAACGUUAGGGUUUUAGCUUUGGAAGCUUCGUCUGUCUCCGCUGCCUUACCAUAAAGCAAAAGCAUCAGCUUACGAGAAAAAGCAAUCGAUGGAAGCUGGAGAUGGAGGCGUUGACAGAGUCGUUGACUCUAAGGAUUUACAGCAGCAGAGCAAAGCCUUCGACAAACUCGUCGAUCGCGUCGAAGAUCGCCAGCUUGAUUCUUCUCGUGCCCAAACGGCCAUGGCAUCGAUUGCAGCGUCCGCUGAAGCGGAAAAGAAUGCUAUGAGAAUGAGAGAGAAAGAAUUAGCUGCUGUUAAUAUCAAUACGGCUGAUGUGGGCAUCAUUGCAAACGAGCUAGAGUUGGACACAAUGGUGGCUGAGAGAACUCUCCGUGAGCACAAGGGUGAUGCUGUUGCUGCUAUUCAAUCCUUGCUUCGCUAGACCAACUUGGUGAAAUAAAUUGAUAUUUCUUAAGUUUUUGCCAAAAAUCAUCUGUAAGAUGGAGAUUGUUGAAAUAUUAACAUGAAUAGAUACAGCACCACAGUCAGCAGUGUAAACUAUUUAGAAUCACUCAACUCUAUUCUAAUGACGGUGGCAGCUAUGCAUAUUGUUUUCCCAUCUAGAUAUGUUUAAAAUUUACCCUUUUUUUCAUGCA